AUGAGGGGCUUUUCCGUGGCCUUCCACUUCGGGGCAUCCCUCCAUCCCCCACCGCUUCCCCAGCCCCCUGCCAAGAGUCCUGACAGAAGCGGAGCGCGGGGACCCAUACCCCGACCGCCUCGUUCUCAGCCUUCCCAUUUUUCCUCCCCGAGGCUCCCGCCCGCGGGAUCAUCGGCCCAGGGGGCUUUCUUUCCUCCCGCAUCCCGCCCUGCACCCAGCACCUCCUCACCGCCAGACCUGCUACCGCUCGGCGCUCAGCUGGCGCCGGCGCCAACCCAAUAUAUAGCGCGCUCCCCUCCCCCGCGCGCCCGCCGGCGCCCGCCCCCCGGGCCCGCGUCCCGCGCCCUGCCCUCAGUCGGCUCCGGCCCACCCCCAAGGGGCUGCAGCACCCACUCGCCCAGGCCCUCAGUCCGCGUUCACCUGCGCUCCGCUUCACCUGCCUGCGCGGCUCGGCGGCGGGAGGCAGUCUUAGAGGCUGCUCCUCCGCGUCCCGGCUCCCCGCCGCCCGGCUCCCGCAUCUCCCGCCAGUACGUUCCUGUCCCCUCCCGCCCUCAAGUCCCGGAUCGCGGGGGUGUCAGGCCGCGGCUCAGACACGGCGUACGGCCAAGUGGUGGCGGCUCGGGGGAGCAAAGAGUGGCCAGGAAGUGGACAUCCUGCGGCGCACCCUGGCUGUCCCGCCAAGGCCUGAAGGAACCCGGUUCUUUCCUAAGAGACGAGGGGACCAAAAGGGCCCGCCCCUGCGGGAGGAGCGCAGCUUCGGCUGGCGAGCUGGCCAAUGGGAGGCGAGGACUGCAGCACAACGUGGAGCGGCUGCAGAAUGUAAACACAGCCCGGCGAGCGUCCGGCCACGUGUGUCCCCGCGCGCCACCCGUCGGGCCCCUGGGACCACCAGGGGCGGCUGUGGCACACCAGGGCAGCCAUGCUCCAGGAUGCCUAUCUUGCACUUUGCUCCAGCCCGCCGGCCGAGUUUUGCAGAUAAGGAUAAGGCUCAGAGAAACCAAGGAGCUUGUCCGAGAUUACGUAGCUUGUGGUUGGGACUUGAACCCAAGACUUGACUACAGAUUUUAUGAUCUUUCUACAUUUUCAUGGAUAUCAAUUGAAGAUGUCAUCUCAGCUUGAGAGAGUGGACUGCAUUUGCAGGAGACCGAGCUACCCUCUACCUUCCUGUAUCAGAGGCCCUUGAAAGCCUGGCCCCUUUCUGACAGGAGCGUGGUCCUCGCUGAAGGAAAGUCGGUUUUUCUCUCUCCCUCUUUGCUAUUUCUUUUUCCUUCUUCCUUGUUUACCUUGCAGGUGAGGGAUGAGGGUUGUGGAAGAGGCAUCCGGCCAAGUGUCCCUACUCCCUCUUCUGUAAGAUCUGAUUUUGAUAAAGGUCUUUGAGUUUGAAAGUUAAUAAAAAUAAUCCCACUUCACUCUCCAUUUAUUUACUGUUUUUGAACUGUUCACACCUCAGAGACCAGUUUUUUCUUUCUUUCUCUGAUGCCCUCUGGUAUAGACCCUGCCAGCUGACGGUCACUUUGCAUGGAAUCUUAACAAUCUUGCCUCUGUCCAGUGGGAAUGGCUUUACAGGCCUUAGAGAAGGUACAUUCUGUCGUUGGCCUUGCAUGUCACUCUUUCUUUAUGAGUCAAAACCUGAGAACAGAAGAGCACAAAUUUUACCAGUAAUCAAAGAAAUGCAAUGAAAUACCUUUUUUCAACCAUCAAAUAGGCAAAAAAUUAUAGAGAUUGGUAAUAUUUUGUGCUGGCGAGAGGGUGAGAAAAUGAACACUCAUACCUUGCUGCUGUAAAUAUGAAGUGCUGUACCUUUUGGGAAUGCAGCCUACUAUCUAUUAAAAUAAAAAAUAUGGUGAUUACAUUCAGUCAUGUCAUUUUGUUCAUUUAUCCUGUAGAAAUCAAGGUUCCCGUUUAUAAGGUUAUAUGUUCAAGAUGGUUUACUACAGCUUUAUUUGUAAUUGAAAAAACAAAAAAAAAUUUGAAUUUCUUUCUGGAAGUGUUGAGUAAAUUAUGGUUUAUCUGUAAUACAGAAUAUAUCAUGCAAUUUUUUUUAAAUGAGUUAAGAUUCCAUGUGUGGACUUGCACUUGGACAGCUGUUUAUGAAUCUAUCAUGGGAAUAUAAUGCUAAAAGUUGUGGAGUAAUAUUAAUGGAAUGAUCUUACUUCUGGGAAAAAGAAGAAAAUCUUUACAUGUGUGUACACAUGAUGUAAGUUUGGAGAAAGAAGUAGCAGGGUACCAGCUCAGCUAAUAAAAUUUGUUACUGUGAGGGUAGAGUUGGGAUGAGGAAGGAGACAUUAACACAUCUGGAUUAUUUGACAUUUUACAACCAGCAUGCAUUGAUAUUAUGAUUUUUUUUGAUAAAGUGAAAACAUUUUGAAAGAAUGGGUUUGAGAGAUGGAAACUAGAUUAUAACCCAUCUGUCUAUCACUUAAUAGUUGUGAGAGGUUUGGUAAGUUCCUUAACCUCAGUCCCCAUCUGUAAAGGUGAAUAAUAUCUACCUCACAAUGUCUGAUGAAAAGAAGUGUACAAAGCAUGUAGCACAUUGUAAUCCUUCUAUAAAUGUUAGUUUCUUUUUCCUUCUACACAAGCAAUUGGAAGUAGAAUAUUAAAACACAAGUAAAAUGUGUUGGCUGUGCCACCAGCCGGUGUUAUCCUGAUGUUCUCAUCUUGCCAUUGGCCUACCGAAGAGGUGGAUUAGUGUCUCUCUGGAAAAAAGUAUCCAGGAGAUAAUCCCUAUUUCCCCAGUUAAUCCUUAUAGAGAAAAAGUAAUAAUAAUACACGAUGGUGGCUUGGCCCUCCAGGGGUUGUUUACCUGGUACCUCAGUUAUUAGUAACCCAACUGAGAAAUAGGAAGGAAGGAAAAGGGCCUCUGAGCAGCCAAAACAGAUAUCUAAAGUCCAUGCUCUUGCAGGAUCAAUUCUUCUUCUUUUUUUUUUUAAGGAUUUUAUUUUUCCUUUUUCUCCCAA